AUGCUCCAUAAAUCCGGCCCGUUAAGCCUCGCUAACUGGUUCCAGGUGGACCUCUCAUCCUUAAACACGUUCCAGCAGUCCAUCAUUUUUGCGCUACUGAUCCUAGGGCAUGCCAUUCUGGUCUCGAUCACGGUCCUAUUUGUGCGCAAGAGAGCGUUUCAGCUCAAAUUCAAAACCAUUUCAGAAAGUUCUGCCGCAAGAAAUCUUUUCAGGCAGUCGGCUCUUGGCUUCCUGAAGCCUGCCGGGAAGACCAAAACACACACUUCGCAGCCGGAAGAACCCCAUAGCCCUGAGGGCUCUCAUGUGUCCGCCAUUGAAAAUUCCCCGUCAGAAUCUCCCAAUGCGGUCGACAAUGACCAUAUUCGAUGGGACAAUGACGACCAAAUCACUAUUGGCAAUAUUCAGCCACGCCAUCAUCAUCAUCAUCAUAAUCAUCACCACCACAGAGUCUUCCCCAUGGCAGGAGUGGGCGCUCGACUCGAUUUGAAUAACCAUCCGAGAAAUGUAGCUCCCACUGUACCUUUGGACGGAGAGCCAGACGAGAUCCCACGAUUGAAGGGGAUUCUAAGAGAUACGCAGAAAUACUUCGCCUCAAAAGGCUUCAUCUCACGGAAUUCCCAGUUUCAUGGUCUUACGCUUGAGGAACGUGAGAAACUGGGCGGUGUCGAGUACAAGGCCGUUUCAUUCUUGUUAGUCAUCGUUCUGCUGUACUGGGCGACGUUUCUGAUCAUCGGCAUUGUGGGGGUCGGCGGCUGGCUGGAAGUAAACCAUCCAGAGAUUCCUCGGGCAAAUGGCCUGUCGCCCUUCUGGACUGGGGCUUUCUUUGCUGUUUCUGCGUUUGUCAACAGUGGCAUGUCCCUUUUGGAUGCAAACAUGACCGCUCUGCAAACAAAGGAAUACUCUCUACCCCUGCUUUUUACGAUUUAUCAUCUGGACUAUGAGGCGCUUAAUGGCAGAUCGGCCAUCAUGGGAGACCUGGAGGGUCACUUUGGAUUUUAUCCUCGACCAUCCCAGAAGGGUAUGCACCACGGAGUUUACACUAAUCUCUUCCCUGUCCGCCAUACAUGGUACUUGCUAGGGACCAUCAUCAUCUUGAAUGGAAUCGACUGGGCAGGUUUUGAGGUUCUGGCCAUUGGAAAUAAAGAAAUAGAGACACUGCCGACAGGCUAUCGCAUCUUGGAUGGUCUGUUCCAGGCUUUGGUACGUCUCAGCGUUCCCAGUAUUGGUGACCAUGAGGUUCGUCUCGUCUACGUAUUCCAGUGUUCUUUUACUGACUGCCACAGAAACACCAACGUCUACGAAGAGCGCUCCCUAGGCAUCUACGCCUCAGACGAACCUCUCGACGCACACAGCAGCCGAUCCCCCAAUAUAGUCAUGAGCCUAAUCCGACAUCACCUCCUCGGGCGCCAGGAUGUUUCAACGGUCGAGUCCUCGCGCAGCUACUUUGUCCACCAACAGCUCCGCUCCCAGCUCAGCCAUGACGUCUGGUGGAUCGCCCUCGCAGUCUUGUUCAUUACCAUUGCCGAGUCGCCGCACUAUUCCGAUAAUCCAAUCGCCUACUCGACCUUUAACAUCAUCUUCGAGGUUGUCUCCGCGUACGGCUGCGUCGGCAUCAGCGUCGGCUUUCCGGGCAGAAAUUACUCAUUCUGCGGGUCGUGGCAUACCAUCAGCAAGCUGAUUCUGGCGGCUGUUACACUGCGGGGCCGGCACAGAGGUCUUCCAGUUGCGAUUGAUCAGGCAGUAAUGCUGCCGAAUGAGUCGCUCGCUUGGGCAGAAGAGGAAGAUGCGGUUCUGAGGCGUGAGCAGACACGUACGUAUGGAAGUGACAAGAUGCCCGUUGGGACGGUUUAG